GCUACGUUUCGGAAAUAAGGUUACCGGGUCAGAAAACUCGGAUAUGGCUUGGCUCAUUCGAGUCGGCUGAAAUGGCGGCGCGUGCUUAUGACUCAGCGGCUUACUUCUUGAAAGGAAGCUCCGCUAUCCUUAAUUUUCCCGAAGAGAUUGAGUUGCUUCCACGUCCUCUUUCCUCGUCCAGGAGAGACAUUCAAUCGGCGGCUGCUAAAGCGGCUCUUCAACGAAGCCAACAACAACAACAACUACCCUCUCCUUCAAUAGAAACUAGUAAUAAUAAUAAUAAUAGUAAUAAUAACAACGAUAAUAAUAAUAAUAUAUUUUCCGUCGACAUGAUGGAGUGGUGGAAACAAGAAGAGUGCGUGUCGACGAUGUCGUUUUGGGAUGUCAAGGAUGAUCCUCUAAUGAGCCCACCAAGGAUGGGGUCCACUUUUGGAGAUUUGACAUGGAACGAAGUCUUCAAUUUUAAUGACGACAUUCUCACUAAGGCACAACCGUAACAACUCUUUAGUAUUUGUAGGUUCUUUCUUUCUUUUUCUUUUUUAUUUUUUUUAAUCUAAUGCUACUUUUGCAAUUAGUUGCGAAAAAAUGUGUAUAUAUAAGUAAAUAUUAGAAAGAGAAAAUUAUAUUCCUAGUAUUUUACUCUUUUAUCUGAUUCAAUUGUAACUUCUUUAU